GCCUGAAAUUCACCUGAUUAUCGUUACCCAGGGAAGGGAAUAAUAAUCCAUCUCAAAAUAAACAAUCGAAAGUCUUAAAUCUUUUCUCUCUCUCUCAUUAUUUCUUCUUCAUCUGUCCUUUUUUCUUAAAUUGCCUUCUCUUUGGUUUGCUUUUCCCACUCAGAUUCCCAGAAAAUUCUUCUGCCUCUUUUCCCUGCUUUCGGAACAUUAGCUCUUUCUCCACUUUGGCUCUGUCAUUGGCCUCUCUACGGACGCCCUACUUGGGCAAAAAUUGAAAGAUAACUCUGCCGAGAUGGAAAAUAAAACACAAGAAUGUAAAGAAUCUAAGCAACCAGCUGAGUUUUGAUUGCUUUUGAUCUCAAAAAGCUUGUCUACUGAUACUUAUGUUAGGCUCUGUUGACUUGAUAAGAUGGGUAUAUAUCUCAGCACUCCCAAGACCGAUAAGUUCUCUGAAGAUGGGGGAAACAACAGGCUCAGAUAUGGUUUAUCAUCCAUGCAAGGAUGGCGUGCAACCAUGGAAGAUGCUCAUGCCGCAUAUCCUGAUCUGGAUGCCUGCACUUCAUUCUUUGGUGUCUAUGAUGGCCAUGGAGGUAAGGUGGUUGCAAAGUUCUGUGCCAAGUUUCUUCACCAGCAGGUUCUUAAGCAUGAAGCCUAUGCAGCUGGAGAUAUAGGAACCUCUGUUCAGAAAGCAUUUUUCAGAAUGGAUGAGAUGAUGCGGGGACAGAGAGGAUGGAGAGAGUUAGCUGUCUUAGGUGAUAAAAUAAAUAAGUUCUCUAGCAUGAUAGAAGGGUUGAUUUGGUCGCCAAGGAGCAGUGAUGGUAAUGACCAACCUGAUGAUUGGGCCUUUGAGGAGGGCCCUCACUCUGAUUUUUCUGGACCAACUUCUGGGAGCACAGCCUGUGUUGCAGUCAUUAGAAACAACCAACUUAUUGUUGCGAAUGCUGGUGACUCUCGCUGUGUGAUAUCUAGGAAGGGUCAGGCGUACAAUCUUUCUAGGGAUCACAAACCUGAUCUUGAGGCUGAGAAAGAGAGAAUUCUAAAAGCUGGUGGUUUCAUUCAUGCAGGACGAGUCAAUGGCAGCCUGAAUCUAGCAAGAGCUAUAGGUGACAUGGAAUUCAAGCAGAACAAGUUUUUGCCGCCUGAAAAACAGAUUGUAACUGCAAAUCCAGAUAUUAACACUGUUGAGCUCUGUGAUGAUGAUGAAUUUAUUGUUCUAGCUUGCGAUGGUAUUUGGGAUUGCAUGUCAAGCCAACAACUCGUGGAUUUUGUUAAUGAACAACUGCAAUCAGAAAGCAAGCUUUCUGCUGUGUGUGAGAGAGUCCUUGACAGGUGUUUGGCACCUUCUACAGCUGGGGGUGAAGGCUGCGACAACAUGACUAUGAUCUUGGUGCAGUUCAAGAAACCAAUCUCUCCUGAUGAACUAUCCUCGCAGCCGCAAUCUACCGAAACUGAAGCAAAGCCAGAGGGAAUAUAAACAAACUAGCACUUUGUGUGGUUGGAAAGAAGAAUUUAGGACAUAUUUGUUCUAUUUGUAGAUGGUUUUGCACGCAAAAGAAUGAUUUACAUAUCAAAAUAUUACGAACUUCAAUAAUAACAUGUACAGAUUUCUUUUUGACUUGAAAGAGCUACUAGCAGCUCGCAGCAGUAUCUAGCAGCUAAGCGUAUUCCCAAGUGCUGUUAGUUUUUCAAAUUUAAAUCUUUUGAAUCCUUACACCUG